CCUCUGUCCGCAGAAGCCCUUAACAUAAGCUUAACAUAAGCUUUCUGCUGUACUUGUUUGUGUAUUUAGCAAGAAAUUCGUUUCAUUUGUUGUUAAGAUAAAUUUUUAACAACAAAAAUGUCGGCGUGGAGACAAGCGGGAUUAAAUUAUAUCAACUACUCGCAGAUAGCCGCCAGGUUAGUCAGACAAGCUUUGAAAACCGAUCUAAGAACAGAAGCUGCUAAACGUGACGAAGUCAACGUGAAAUUUACUCAAUGGAAAGAUGGAAAACCUAUCACUGAAAAAAUGUGAUGGUAAUAAUUUGUAAAAAUGCUUAGAUAAUGAGAUGUAUCACAGAUGGAUGCAGAAGAUUCAUCCGAUUACAAGUUUAUGUAUAACGACCAUCGCUGUCUUCUUCGUAUAAACCAAACUUGUUCUUCGCGAGUUGUUUGUUUUCAUUCUUUUGAUUUUAUCUAUCCAUAAUUAAGUUUUAUAACGUCAUCUCACAACAGGGUACUGUGUCUUGCAAUGUAC